GGUUUUAGGGGGCUGCGAUAGGUUUCAGGGGACCAGGGAUGGGAACCAGGGGGUUCCUCCACCCGGGUUCCCGUCCUUUGUGCGGGACAACAGUUGCUCCUGGGGACACCACCAGCAACAGAAGGUGUUGCCAUGGCAAUGCCAGAGCCAGCAGCAUGUUGGGGGCCACCAGGUUGAGGUGUCUGGGUGCCACAAGCCCCUGGUGGGUGCAGAGUCGGGGCUCACAAGCCCCUGGCGAGCAGCCGGCACGCCAUGGAGACACUGGUGGUGGGUGCUGAACGCUACGACCUGGUGGCCGGGGUGGGGAAGGGGACCUUCGGGGAGGUGGCCCAGGGCUGGUGGAGGAGCACGGGGGAGAUGGUGGCCAUCAGGAUCCUGAAGAACAAACGCUACCGUGGCCACGUGGCGAAGAACGAGCUGAGGCUGCUGCAGGCCUGCGGGGGGUGGACACAGGACUUGCACAUCGUCCGUUUCCUCGAGUCCUUCGCUGACAGUGCUGGCACCUACCUGGUCUUUGAGCUGCUGGAGCAAAACCUCCAGGACUUCCAAAUGAAGAACAACUUCUUGCCGUUGCCCGUUCGGCACAUCCGUACCAUCACAGUGCAGCGGCUGGCGGAGCUGGUCAAGCUGAAGGAGCUCUCCAUCAUCCACGCUGACCUCAAGCCGGAGAACAUCAUGCUGGUGGACCACGCACGCUAUCCUUUCCGCAUCAAACUCAUUGACUUUGGCUCGCUCACCGAGGUCUGCCACGUCAAGCAACCCUACAUCCAAACCCGCUCCUACCGGGCAGCGGAGAUCUUGUCGGGGUUGCCCUUCUGCGACGUCUGGUCUUUGGGUUGCGUGAUGGCUGACCUUCACUUGGGUUGGCCACUCUACCCUGGCAUCAACGGGUACGACCAGGUCCGCCACAUCUGCUCCAGCCCGGGGCUGCCACGGGAUGAGUUGCUCUGCGCUGCCUGGAAGACCUGCUCCUUCUUCCAACCGGUGCCACAUCCCACCGGUUGGCAGCUCAGACCACCAGGCAACGAGAUGGUGCAGCCGAUGGAGAAGAGGAGGUACGUCUUCUCCUCGCUGGAUCCGCUGGUGCUGGGGCGCGUCCGCCUGGCGUCUAACUCCGGCCAGGAAGCCCCGGGCGAGCACUGUGACUGUGGGAUGGUGCCGCUGCUCAAGACGAUGCUCGCGUGGGACUCGCAGGAGAGGAUCACGCCCAGCGCCGCCCUCCAGCCUCCCUUCGUCUCCCUGCAGCAGGUGAAGUCCCGCUUUGAGGCCACCCGGUAUUGCCAGCUCUGCCACAAGGAAGAACCUGCCUGGCAGAGCGAACACCUCGUCCCACGCCGAGGUACAGCCGUGGGGGGGCUCCUGGGCGUGGGUGCUCAGGGACACCGGGUGCUUGGUGGCUUUGUGUCUCCCCGGUGCUUUGGGGCCCUGGAUGCGCAAGGUCCCUGCUGCCACCAUAACAUGGGUGCUGGUCGGUCCCUGGUGCCCGAUGUCAGGAGUGCCCAGAACCCCUGGGUGCUCAGGGUCCACGGGGUGGGGAUGCCACCCAUGGGUGCCUGUGGCAGGUUCCCCCCCAGUGAA